AUGGCCGCUAGAACGCUAGACUCUCCUAGGUUCAUACACGCAGACGAUGGUUCUGUUCGUAUAUCCAGAAGUCAUGCUGCAUAUCAGGUGGUGCCAGUGCCCACAGUGUCCGGGCAAAGUUUCAACAACGAGUCGGACUCUGGGGCAGCGCCCAACCAACUUUUCUCCAAGCCUUCUUUGCUCCAGUGUGAUUCCGGGGAGAGGAGAAACCGCCGUCUACUCCAAAGAAUUGCCUUUACGCUCAGAAACCGCUUCACGAGAAGUAAUACGACGCCCCAGACGGAGUCUCGGCCCCCCAACUGGUUCGCCGCCAAGUUCCUGCACCGGCCAGGGGUGGAGGAGAAGACUCCUGCCUCGUGGUCCACCCUACACGUUGACCCUACCCAGCCGUUCCACUACAGGUGGUUGGCAAUCGUGACACUGGCUAUUUUCUACAACCUGGUGUUCAUCAUCGGCCGUAGCGUGUUCUGGGAGCUGAACAAUGCUGUCACCGUCCUCUGGUGGUUCCUAGACUACACUUGCGACGGCAUCUAUGUCAUCGAUACUCUCAUCCACGCGCACGAAGGUUAUCUGGAACAGGGAAUGAUGGUGAAAAAUUCGGCAAAACUUCGCCAAAACUACGUGUCCUCGAAAAAAUGGAUUUUCGAUUUCGUCAGCCUCAUCCCGACGGACUUGGUGUACUUCGUGUAUCCCAGCACAGUCUGUGCCCCGAUAGUUCCUUGUCCCGUCAUCGUUCGCGUCAAUCGCCUGUUCAGACUGCCCAGAAUGCUCGAGUUCUUCGACAGGACGGAGACGCGCACUGGGUACCCGAACAGCUUCAGAAUCUGCAAGGUGGUGUUCGCUAUUUUGGUCCUAAUCCAUUGGAACGCCUGUUUCUACUUCGCUAUCAGCUUCGCCAUCGGAUUCGGCACGGACAACUGGGUGUACAACCUGAACUCCACCAAUGAAAAUUCCAAGAACUCUACACUGUCCCGCCAGUAUAUAUACAGCUUCUACUGGUCGACUCUCACCCUCACUACUAUCGGUGAGACGCCGCAGCCAGAAAACGACAUAGAGUACCUAUUCGUGGUCGUGGACUUCCUGGCGGGUGUGCUUAUCUUCGCGACCAUCGUGGGCAACAUCGGCAGCAUGAUCAGCAACAUGAACGUGGCUCGAGUGGAGUUCCAGAACAAAAUGGACGGCGUGAAGCAGUACAUGAGUUUCAGACGAGUGUCCAAGGAGCUGGAGGCUAGGGUUAUACGGUGGUUCGCUUACACCUGGGCCAACAAACAGGCUAUAGACGAGGACAGAGUGCUGGCAGCACUCCCGGAUAAGCUCAAGGCAGAGAUCGCCAUCCACGUGCAUCUCGACACUCUCAAGCAGGUCCGGAUAUUCCAGGAUUGCGAGCCAGGAUUGCUGGAGGAGCUUGUACUCAAGUUGAGGCUGCAGGUAUUCAGCCCGGGAGACUACAUCUGCCGGAAGGGCGACAUCGGCAAGGAGAUGUACAUCGUGAAGAGAGGGCGACUGAGUGUGGUGGCGGACGACGAGAGCACGGUGCUCGCUACCCUGAGCGCUGGGGCGGUCUUUGGAGAAGUCAGCGUGUUGGAGAUCCCCGGCAACAAGACAGGGAACCGGCGCACGGCCAACGUGAGGAGCAUCGGAUACUCGGACCUGUUCUGUCUGGCCAAGACCGAUCUGUGGAAGGCGCUAGCGGACUACCCGGACGCACGCAAGUCACUGCUGGAGCGCGGCUGUCAGAUCCUGCGCAAGGACGGUCUGCUUGAUGAGGAUAUUUUCAAUCUCUCCCAGGAGCACAAGGAGGGUAUGGAGGAGAAGUUACAAAGGAUAGAGAGAACUCUAGAGAAUCUCCAGAUGCGAUUUGCACGUCUGAUGGCUGAGUACGUUAGUCACCAGGCGGCUGUCAAGCAGCGACUGUCCAAAGUCGAGAGGAGGGUUGACACUCAAGGCGCGAAAAGGAAGAGACAGCAGUCUCCAGAUUUCCUGUUGGACGUGACCGCUAGCCAGGAGUCGCCCGAUCGCUUCGCUCGGCGCUCCUUCCAGGGGGUCCCUCAAGGCUCUUGGUCGCGCCGCAGACGCAAGCCUAUGUCCCUCUAACCCCCCACCCAGCCACCACCACUAAACACCCUCACUACCACCAUCCCUCUCUCGUUCGGCGCGUCGAUGAGGACCAAGUAGUGAUCUGAAUGUUGGAAAAAACACUUUUCAAGUUAAAUUUGUUAUAUCUUGUACACAUUAAGUAUUGUAAUCGAAUACUAUAUAGUGUUAGUGUAUUUUGUACAGUUAUUGCGAAGAUAAAAUUUAAUACAUCUUUAUACACUAUUAUUGAACUAGGUGAUUUAUUUUUCUACAGUGUAUAGGUUUGUUACACUUCUAUUAUUUUACGGUUGAUUUGGGGCUUAAGCUGGCAUGUGAUAAGGUGAGAUUGUUAAAAGAAAAUGUUUAAGAAUAAAAAUUAUAAGUUUUA